CACUUCCUGGUCUGUGCUGGGGACCGGAAGUAGCUGAGAGGAAGUUUUGUGAUGGUGUCACCGGGGGUCCUGUGAGUGCUGGGCUGCCGUUGGUCUGUGUAGGGAUGGAGGGGCGACCUACCUACGAGGAUUACACGUACCCUGUGGUCUUCCUGCCCCCCUAUGAGAACCCCCCGGCCUGGAUCCCCCUUCAGGAGAGAGUGUACAGCUCAGAUUACAACAACGAGCUGACGCGUUUCCUCCCCCGCUCCAUCCUGCUGAAGAAACCUCCUGGAGCUCAGUUGGGAUUCAAUAUCCGAGGAGGGAAGGCGUCUCAGCUCGGGAUCUUCAUCUCUAAGGUUAUCCCCGACUCUGACGCUCACCGCGCCGGCCUACAGGAAGGAGAUCAGGUGCUCACCGUCAACAAUGUGGAUUUCCAGGAUAUCGAGCACAGCAAGGCUGUGGAGAUCUUGAAAACUGCCAGAGAAAUCUACAUGCAAGUCCGCUACUUCCCAUACAACUAUCAGCGGCAGAAGGAGAGAACCGUCCACUAGCCCCUGAUCUGUCGGUGGAAAGGCGGCGCCGGCGGUGGUGGUGCCGUGGAUGUGAUGGAUCACUCUAACCACCUACCUGUGACCCCUCCCCCCCGGAGAUACAUAGACCCCUUCAUAUUCGGGGUACGGCGGUCUCUGGGAUCUCUUAGGCUGAGCCGUUCAUUAUAAAUCUGUAAUACACAACAUUCUAUGGGGACUUUCCCUUCACACUAAGACUCCUCCCUACUAAUUAUAAUGUGUGGGGACUCUCCCUUCACACUAAGACUCCUCCCUACUAAUUAUAAUGUGUGGGGACUUUCCCUUCACACUAAGACUCCUCCCUACUAAUUAUAAUGUGUGGGGACUCUCCCUUCACACUAAGACUCCUCCCUACUAAUUAUAAUGUGUGGGGACUCUCCCUUCACACCAAGACUCCUCCCUACUAAUUAUAAUGUGUGGGGACUCUCCCUUCACACCAAGACUCCUCCCUACUAAUUAUAAUGUGUGGGGACUCUCCCUUCACACCAAGACUCCUCCCUACUAAUUAUAAUGUGUGGGGACUCUCCCUUCACACUAAGACUCCUCCCUACUAAUUAUAAUGUAUGGGGACUUUCCCUUCACACUAAGACUCCUCCCUACUAAUUAUAAUGUGUGGGGACUCUCCCUUCACACUAAGACUCCUCCCUACUAAUUAUAAUGUGUGGGGACUCUCCCUUCACACCAAGACUCCUCCCUACUAAUUAUAAUGUGUGGGGACUCUCCCUUCACACCAAGACUCCUCCCUACUAAUUAUAAUGUGUGGGGACUCUCCCUUCACACUAAGACUCCUCCCUACUAAUUAUAAUGUAUGGGGACUUUCCCUUCACACUAAGACUCCUCCCUACUAAUUAUAAUGUGUGGGGACUCUCCCUUCACACUAAGACUCCUCCCUACUAAUUAUAAUGUGUGGGGACUCUCCCUUCACACUAAGGCCCCUCCCUACUAAUUAUAAUGUGUGGGGACUUUCCCUUCACACUAAGACUCCUCCCUACUAAUUAUAAUGUGGGGGGACUCUCCCUUCACACUAAGACUCCUCCCUACUAAUUAUAAUGUGUGGGGACUCUCCCUUCACACUAAGACUCCUC